ACUUGCACAACAAAUGGAAACAUCCUAUCCAAUGAAGAUAUUCAUGCUUCCCUUUUUGGCUCCGGGUCAUCAAAUCCCCAUGGUUCACGUGGCACAACUCCUUUCCUCACGUGGCCAUCACGUGACCAUCCUCACCACCCCUUCCAACGCCCACCUCUUGGCGGAGGCGGACAAGACCAUCACCGUUACCAUCCACACCCUCCACUUCCCCUCCGACCAAGUAGGCCUCCCUCUCGGCGUCGAAAACCUCUCAGCCGCCGGCGACAACACCACCGCUAGCAAGAUCUACUCGGCGGCGCACCUCAUCCGAUCGGAAGUGGAGUCCUUCAUGAAGCAAUCGCCACCGGACGUGUUCAUCCCGGACACCAUGUACACGUGGAGUAGAGACGUCGCGAACCGCCUGGGAAUUCCCAGGCUGAUCUUCAACACUUCCUUCAUCUUCCACGUUGCCGUCAUGGAAGCCAUUAGAUCUCACCCCGAAAUCCUCGUUGAUUGCGAUGACACUGCUCCUUAUGCCAUCCCUGGCCUCCCUCAACCCAUCACCCUCUCUGUGAAGCCCUCACCGGGAUACCUUCAACACAUGGAGUCCCUGGCUGACUCCGAAAGUGACAGCCUCGGAGUCAUCGUGAACAGCUUCAAGGAGCUCGACGGCGAUUACACACAACGCUACGAGAUCAUCACCGGUCGGAAAGUGUGGCAUCUUGGUCCUACUUUCCUCAUGGUGCAGAAAACACUACCACUUGGGCAGCCACGUAGCGAUGCUGGCGAAGGUGAAAACGAGUGCUUGAGAUGGCUUUCUACGAAGAAGGAGGGCUCCGUGGUCUAUGCUUGCUUUGGCAGCUUGCUUCAUCUGCCAGACAAGCAGCUUUUCGAGAUAGCGGCAGGCCUCGAGGCUUCGGGACACCAGUUUGUUUGGGUGGUGCGUAGGAACAAAAGAAAGAAAGGUGAUGAAGAUGAAACAGAGGAGAAGUGGUUACCGGAUGGGUUUGAAGAGAGGAUGAAGAAGGAAGAGAGAGGGAUGGUGAUAAGAGGGUGGGCGCCACAGGCGUUUAUCUUGAAGCAUGUUGCUGUGGGAGGGUUUUUGACACACUGUGGGGCGAGCUCUGUGAUAGAAGCGGUGAGUGCGGGGGUGGUGACCAUAACGAUGCCGAGAAUUGCGGACCAAUUCUCCAACGAGAAACUGAUGAGCCAGGUGCAUGGCGUCGGGGUGGAGGUGGGUGGAGCUGAGUGGAGCUUAUCGCCGUUCGAUGAGAAGAAGAGAGUAGUGAGUGCGAAGAUGAUAGAGAAAGCGGUGAGGAAGGUGAUGGACGGUGGAGACGAGGCGGAGAAGAUGAAGAAGAAGGCGAAGGAGAUGAAAGAGAAGGCUCUGAGAGCGGUUGAAGAAGGCGGAUCCUCGCAACAGAGUUUGUUGGAAAUGAUUCAACAACUUGAGAGGCUCACGUCCUCCGCUUCUGCUUCCACCAUCUUUUAGUACUGUAUCUAUCCUUUAUCAAUCUGAACCGAAGCAGUAUUUUCAUCGCUGUUAAUGCCUUCAUUUUCAGCAUUUUCCUUUCUACUAUCACUGUAGUUGGGCUUGGUACUGGAACUAGAAUCCUUCAACACUACCCUUGCACCCACCUGGUCAGCCUUGAUCCAAUCAGCUACCAGAUUUUGUUGAAGGUUGUUAUUAAAGGAAUCAUUUAGUCCGAGCGAAGCACAGUAGGUGCAAACUGCCCCUAUUCUUUCAUACCGAGCAGAUCUGGACCGAUGAUGUUAAAACAAUAUCAAAUUUUUUCAGCAGCCUUGGUCUCCACUCUAGCCUUAACAAUUCGUGAUUCCUUUCGCCUAACAUCAAAGAAUACCACGUCUGCCACCCGGCCAAUAUACUCUCCUAUCCUCCUACAUACCGCCAGAGUUUUAAAUCUUUCCGGUAGUCCCCAAAAUUGAACCCAUGCUGGAAAGGUUGUCACCAAAGAAUCUGCUGCAUUGAGUUCCUCUGUCCAUCGUCGCACAUGGAGAAUAUAAUCCUUAAAUAAAAAUUGGAACAUCCAUAUCAUGCUCAAAGAAAAAUUGGAAACAUUGCCCCCCUUUUCCACCGUGUGAAAGCCCUCCAGAUUCCUCCAAAUUGCCUUUAGAGCACUAUGGAUAGUACCCAGCGAAAACGACUUAUCAGCAAACACUCCGCCGAUCAAGCUAUUCGAACAAGCUUGCACACCUUGGGCUAUAUCUUCCUCAUGGAUGCGAAUUUUCCAUUACUAUUAGAAUUAUUGUUGUUGUUUAGCUGCGGGUCCGUCAUUGACAGUCAACCUUAAUAGGUUAGAAGGUUAAUAGAAAGAGGUCAGAGAAUGUAAAGAGGAUGGUAGAAAAGCGAAUUGAUUUAGAGCUUAGAGAGUCAAAGGGUUGAGGCAGAUAGCCGAUCAUGCUGACUAACAGCCGUGACGGCCAGUGUAUCCUCCGUUAGAGAACAUCCUAGCAGAGCAUAUGAAGAGUCCUAAAUAAAUUAGGCCACAAUUUAACAUUUGUAUCUGUAUUUGUUUAA